GAAGCAACAUACUCUGUUUUUACUUAAUCUUUGUGUAAACUGCCCCAUGUUGUGUAUCAUAAUAUUAAGUGAACGCAAACUUGUUUUUGGAAGAUUGAUUCGAACGAAAACACUGUGGUGUUGAAAUAACAAGACUGUUUGCGUUUUAGAAAAAGAGGUUUGUUUACGAUGCACACCAUCUUCACGGAGCACCAGAAUGCGUAUUAUCGGCCCGGGGGCGGGUACACGGCGGCCGCCGCCACCAACCCCUACGCGUACGAGCAGUACUCGCGCUACGGCUACGCCGCAUGGCACCACCAGCAGCACCAGCUGAGCACCGCCAAGGACAUGGUCAAGCCCCCCUACUCCUACAUCGCGCUCAUCGCCAUGGCCAUCCAGAACGCCCCGGACCGCAAAAUCACCCUCAACGGGAUCUACCAGUUCAUCAUGGAGCGCUUCCCGUACUACCGGGAGAACAAGCAAGGCUGGCAGAACUCCAUCCGGCACAACCUCUCCCUCAACGAGUGCUUCGUCAAGGUCCCGCGGGACGACAAGAAGCCCGGGAAAGGGUCGUACUGGACCCUCGACCCGGACUCGUACAACAUGUUCGAUAACGGCUCCUACUUGCGCCGUCGGCGCCGCUUCAAGAAAAAAGACGCCCUCCGAGAGAAAGAGGAGGCUUUGAAACGCCAACAAAUCGAUACCAAGCGCGAAGACCCCAAGGAAGAACCCAAGAAGGUGGACCUCAAGCCCAAGCGCGAGCCCAACACCGAGUUGAACCAGUGCAUGAAGUCGGUGAUCGUCCAGCAGGAACACCCGGUGAGCGACGUCUCCGGGUCGCUGCAGAUGGACUCGGGGGCGGCGUUCAGCGUGGACUCGCUGAUGACGAGUCGGGAGCAGCACGCGUACGCGAACUCGGGGCGGCUGCACACGUCCGGCGGCAUGUACUACUGCCCGAGCGCCACCCCGCAGCACCAGUACAGCAUAGGGGACGACGCCGCCCCCAGGUACAGCCCGUGGUACAGCCCGGAAACGUCGCCCGAGUCGGCCUCCGGGUACAGGGAGAUGAUCUUCGACAGCAGUGCCGCCCCCAGCUGUCAGCUGGCGGGUUUUCGACAUUCGGCCGUUUCUCCCAGUCCGCCUAAUUAUAGAACGGCCGCCGCUUACUACCAGCAGGACUGUGUGGGACAGAAAUACUGAGGGUACGCGUAUUUAGAGCGGUUUAUAAAGACUGAUGUUUGAAUUUGGUGAGGAAACUCUAGCCGUCGUUUCGUAGGGAAAUUCUUCUUGAUGGCAGCUGAUUUUUAUUUACUUGUGAUAUUGAUAUAGCGUAAUUGACGAUCUUUUUGUGGGUUCUGGUAGGAAUGGUCUUGUGCGAUUUAGGUUCCUAUGUAAAGUUUUUACCAUUCCCUCAGCGAGUUGAAGCAUUUAUUUCGGUUUAUGGACUAUUUAGGCGAAUUAUUUUACGUGUCCGGUGUACAUAUUUAUUUGUAAUAUAUUGUAGAUGUAUUAUUACUCCACUGUAUGUGUUGAAAGCACGGAUGUACAUUAUUUAUUGAGAUUAAAGGAAUAAAUCACAUCUUUGUGACAUACCCGUAACAAUUA